GCUUGGCAUCAAACAGCGAGCCCUCAGAUAAACCAAACAAACAGACCGGGGAUCGCACAGAGGGAGGCGGCCCUGGAAGUGGAAUAACAACACAACCAGAUCUCGACGCCUUGCACUUUACAAACUCUUUGCAUUUCCACUUUAAUGAUCCCUCUGUCUUGCAUGCAAUUGUAUCGAAUUGUGAGGUUAUUGUCAUGCGAUCAUAAUGACCUGUUUGUACCUCUAGUGUCCGCCCUGUGAUUGCGCUUUGAUGUAGGCCUAGAGGCCGAUCAGAGAUCAGAUUACAUGUUUUAGAUCGCAGCCAUCCCCUGCCUUUGAUCUCCACGCUGAUUUUGUCUUCAAUCCGGGGAUUCCUCUGGACUGGAGCAGCGCAGCCGGGCAGAGAGCACAUCGCAUGGCUGGAAUGGUCUGGAGCCCUAUGCAGAACGCAUAGGAGUGGAUAUCUGUCUCAAACUACAGCCAGGGAAGGGAUAACUAAAGGAAGGGAUAACUAAAGAACCGAUCAGACUACAGCAGCACAUACCAGACUCAUUCCACAGUAGCCCCUCAAAAUGGCCUGGAUGUUUGGUCAAACCUGGUUACUUCUACUGACAUUUCAUGUAAUAUACUCAUCUCUGGUUCCUGUAACGGCGGAGGAGGAGACCAGUGAAUGCAGAGAACAGGAGUACAAGGAUCAGCUUGGGAACUGUAAACCCUGCAAGCAGUGCGACGCGGGACAGGAGCUAUCAAAGGAAUGUGGCUUUGGUUACGGAGAGGAUGCCCGGUGUGUGCCCUGCAGAAGCAGCCGCUUCAAAGAAGAUAGGAGCCUGCAGAAGUGCAAGCCCUGCCUGGACUGUGGCCUGAACAACCGCUUCCAGAAGGGCAACUGUUCCACCACCAGAAAUGCUGUGUGCGGAGACUGUCUGCCCGGGUUUUACAGGAAAACUAAGCUGAGCGGAUUCCAAGAUAUGGAGUGCAUACCAUGUGGGGACCCUCCACCUCCAUAUGAACCACACUGCAGCGGGCGGGUGAACCUGGUUCCCAUCCCCCCGGUGGUGACCAGCCCUCGGGACAUGGCUCUGGCAGCAGUCAUCUGUAGCGCUCUGGCCACCGUGCUGCUGGCCCUGCUCAUCCUCUGUGUCAUCUACUUCAAGAGACAGCUGCUGGAGAAGAAGCCCAGCGCAUCUCUAAGGUCCCAGGAUGGUCCGUACAGUGGAGCAGAGUUGUCCUGCCUGGACCGACGGAAGCUCCAUGACUUCCCUCAGCGCCCAUGCUGCCAAUGUCACCAUGGGCCAGGCCACACCUGUGGUAGGUCCAAUUACUGGUGGGCUUCUACAAGCACAUCAAGUGGCCCAGUGCACUUGAUCCCCUCCCUGUGCUGUGAUGAAAUCUGCAGUCUGGGCCGGAGCAGAGACACCAGCCCCUUCCAGUCCCAGAUCAGCCUCAACGAGGGAUGCAGCAUAAACCCUUGUGAGGAGAACGUCCUGGCCUAUCUGAAAGCCCAUCCAGAGCCCUGCAUCUCCAGAGAGGCUGGCGAGACAUGGCCACUCAUGCAGAACCCCGACUGUGUCGAGAGCUUGGGAUCGCCCCGCUGCAACCCAGAACCCACAGAGAGGUGCGAGGAGGGCGAGGAGAAAGAGGAAGAGGGGUGCACGUUAAGUGAGGACACACAGGAGAAACCAACUGAUCAGAGCCAGGAGAAGACUGGUGCCUUGACAGAGGUCCUCCUUCCAAAGCAGCAGCCAUCUUCACUGGAAGGAUGACAUGGAUUUAGUUGGCUCACGUUCCACCCUUGAACCAGCCUGGACCGGAAAACAGUCCAGAAUGAUCCCGUUUCAGAUUACAUUAGCCCACACACCAAUUUCAAAAUAGUGUGUGGCACACAAUCUCUUUCAAGCGGCUUGUGACCCACGGCCUUCCGUCACGCAUCUGAAGCGACUAUGUAAAUAAAUGCAAACAAAAGCACAUCACUGUAAAAUAAAGCACAAGAACAGAGACUGAAAAGAAAUCUAUGCACAACGCGAUGUUGCCGGGCCAGAGGCUGAUAUAAUGAAGUUCAAAUGAUGACAAAAUGACUGUUGACUGAUACAAAGUAAAUAGAAGCCAUCCCCUUUGUUUCUGAUGUCUGCUUAAGAAUGUCUUACAUCUACUUAUGUAGGUGACUAGCAGCAACAGUAUCACAGAUCUGGCAGUGUGACUAUUGGUGUGUCUUAAUAACUGACAACGUCUCCUUAAAGGGCCUAAGAGAAGCACGUCAAAACGGACGUCUGUGAUUUCUGGUGCACAUUGAAGACAGUCUAGAUAAUACUGAAUAAGACCUUUUAAGGAUUGGACCCUUUUUUUCCCAAAUUUAGCCUAAAAUGACAUACCCAAAUCUAACUGCCUGUAUCUCAGGCCCUGAAGCAAGGAUAUGCAUUUUCUUGGUACCAUUUGAAAGGAAACACUUUGGAGUUU